GUACGCAGCUGAUGCUGAUAUAGCAUAGAGGAGUUAGUUGAAGUGGCGCACGUUUUAAAAAAUAAAUAAAUAACAAGAAAUGUCUGUUGAGGUUGGAAGUAACCCUUCUCAGAGUGAAGAUUUGCGAAACUUGACUUUAGCGGGUCAUGUUGGCUUCGACAGUCUUCCAGAUCAACUGGUCAACAAAUCCACAACGCAGGGUUUCUGUUUCAACAUCCUUUGCGUGGGGGAGACCGGCAUUGGCAAGUCGACCUUGAUGGACACGCUGUUCAACACCAAGUUUGAAGGCGAUCCCGCUUCUCACAACGAGCCUGGGGUCCGGUUAAAAGCACAGAGUUACGAACUCCAGGAAAGCAACGUGCGUCUAAAACUGACAACCGUUGACACGGUGGGAUUUGGCGACCAGAUUAACAAAGAAGAUAGCUAUAAACCAAUAGUUGAAUACAUUGAUGCCCAGUUUGAAGCCUACCUGCAGGAGGAGCUGAAAAUCAAGAGAUCCUUAUUUAAUUACCACGACUCCCGGAUUCAUGCCUGUCUGUACUUCAUUGCCCCCACUGGACACUCGCUAAAGUCUCUCGACCUUGUUACAAUGAAGAAGCUAGACAGCAAGGUGAAUAUAAUCCCAAUCAUUGCUAAAGCGGAUACCAUUGCCAAGAAUGAACUUCAUAAGUUUAAGAGUAAAAUCAUGAGUGAACUGGUCAGCAAUGGAGUACAGAUCUACCAGUUCCCAGCUGACGAGGAGACUGUAGCAGAAAUCAAUGCGACUAUGAGUGUCCAUCUUCCAUUUGCUGUUGUGGGGAGCACUGAAGAGGUGAAGAUUGGAAAUAAAAUGGCCAAGGCAAGACAGUACCCCUGGGGUGUUGUGCAGGUGGAGAAUGAGAACCACUGUGACUUUGUGAAGCUCAGGGAGAUGCUGAUCAGGGUGAACAUGGAGGACCUGCGGGAGCAGACGCACUCCCGGCACUAUGAGCUCUACCGCCGCUGCAAGCUGGAGGAGAUGGGCUUCAAGGACACGGACCCCGACUGCAAGCCCUUCAGCCUUCAGGAGACAUAUGAAGCGAAGAGGAAUGAGUUCCUGGGGGAGCUGCAGAAGAAGGAGGAGGACAUGAGGCAGAUGUUUGUGAUGAGGGUCAAGGAGAAGGAGACUGAACUUAAAGAAGCUGAAAAAGAGCUUCAUGAGAAGUUUGACAGACUAAAGAAGACUCACCAGGACGAGAAGAAGAAGCUGGAAGACAAGAAGAAGGAGAUUGAGGAUGAGAUCGAUGCCUUCAGCAAGAAGAAAGCAGCCGUGCAGCUCCUCCAGGCCCAGCAGGCCGGCUCCCACUCCACAAAGAAGGACAAAGACAAGAAAAAAGUCUUGCCAUUUCUGAAACAUCCCAAGACGUGGAGGCCACUGCUGACCCUCUGAGUUGUGGGAUGUUGUUUUUAUUCUGCUGCUGAUGUUCUCUCUGCUUUCUUUCCUUCCAGGCUAGGUAGCCUCUCUUUCUUACUCUUCACUCUGAGACACACACACACUGUCCCAUUAAGCACCUCUCACCUCUACAGCUCCUCUGCUGGUGCUUUUACUAGCACAUUUUUGUUUGACUCUUUUGAACAAGCAUGGCUCCAGGGAAAAAACAAAAAAAAACAAUCUUUUGAAUGGUUUGGACAACAAGAGUAGGGGAAUGCAGAAAGAAACCUUCAAAUUCCAAUGUUCGGGCCUACAGGUUGGAGGGGGGAGCAUUACCAAGAAUUAAAUCUACAAUUUAAAUGGUUUCUUCCAAGUAACUAACUGUUAUAUUAUCUGUAUUUGAAUUCCUGGAAAUUCGCUAAGGUUGAGUUGGAUGAACCUGUAAUGCAAGUGAUGAAAUAUUGAUUUUCUGAAACACUGUUGAGCAAAGCAAAAAGUUUUCAGAUAGCUUUCAUGAGAAUUCUUUUUUUUUUUUUUUUUUUUUUUUAAAUAUGCAAAAAGGGCUCGUAUCCCUGAAUGGCUCACCUGCUAACAUGGUGUGCAGGGUGAGCCGCACAGCACAGGUUCAUGUCCUGCCUGUGGGAAGUCCCUGGCCUUCUUUAGGGAUUCCAAAAGGAGCGGCACAUUGGCUCUGGCACUCCUGUGGGUUAGGGACUGUUUCUCCUCAUCACGCUACAGCGGACCUGACUGGCCAGGCACUCUGUGAGCUCAGAGCAGACACCUGCAGGGCUGGCCUUUGUCCUCCAGAGGUAGGUAGCUCGCUGAUCCGCUCUCGAGCUCCUGGGUGUAGAAGAGGAAGCUGACUAAGGCGUGCGAUUGGAGGAUGCCCACUGAACCUACAGGUCUCCUGAGCUGUGUGUGGAAUUGAGGGGGGAAAAUGUAUUGAACAUUCCAAAUGGGGGAGCAAAUCAGGGAACAAGUAACGGCAUACGAAAUAAAGAAAGAAUAAAAAAGAUAAUAUAGGUUAAAACAGUGUCAGUAACCCAAACCAUGCAAUUCUCAGCAGGCACAGAACUGAAAUCUAUAGAUUAUUGGAGGAAUAAAAUCCCUGGAGCCAUGUUAAGUUCCAGCCUUGUAGUAGUUCUUCUGUUUCUUUCUCUCUUCUGCU